UAAACAUAAGAAAAAACUAAACGAGACAUUCAAGUCACAGCUGUGGUACUAACUAGCUCAAAAUGAAAUCCUUCAUCGUAGUAUGCUGCCUGUUCGCGUGCGCCCUCGCCGGCGUCCCCCGUGAGAAGCGCGGCUUCCUGGGCGGGCUGCACUCCUCGGACGUGUACAGCGGCUACUCCGCUCCCAUCAUCAGCCUCUCGGAACCCGUCCUCGGAUACUCCGCUCCCGCUGCCAAACUCGUCAGCGUCAACAAAGUGGUCAACUCUCACCGCGUCGUGGACGUCCCUCAAGUAGUGAACGUCCGCAAGGUGGUGUCCGUGCCUCAAGUGGUGUCCGUCAACAAGCUGGUGGCCGCUCCCAGUUACAGCUCCUACGACAGCGGAUUGGGACUGGCUUCGGCCUGGGACCACGGAUACUCUAGCGCAUGGUGAUUAAAAUAAGUAGCACAUAAAGUUUUCACGUAUCAUUUUGUUUCAUCUGUAUUGUUAGUCAUUUUGUAAUUAGGUCGUUUAUAUUAAUUAUAAGAGAAAUAAACUGUUUGCCCUUUAAUACUC